UAUAUGUACCUAACAUAACAGACUUACAUGCCCAACCAAAUUCAGCAUUCUUUAAAUCUUGCAUCCUCUGCCCUUCUCUCCAAAAUGAAUUGGACCAGAGGCCAAACUAUUGGCCGUGGCUCCACUGCCACCGUCUCAAUUGCCACACUCGAUCACUCCGGUCAGGCAUUUGCUGUCAAGUCAGCUGAGCUCUCACAAUCGGAGUUCUUACAGAAGGAGCAAAGCUUUCUUUCUAUAUUAACUUCUCCUCAAAUUAUUGCAUACAAAGGAUUUGACAUUACAGUAGAAAAUGGUAAGUUCUUAUACAAUAUUUUCUUGGAAUACGCACCUGGAGGCACCCUUCUGGAUGCACUGUGCAAUCGUGGAGGGUGGCUUGAUGAGUCCAUGAUCAGAUCAUACACUCGACAGAUUUUGCUUGGUCUUCACUACCUCCAUUCUAAUGGAAUUGUACAUCGUGACAUUAAGGGUCAUAAUAUUUUGGUCACCCGUGCCGGGGCAAAACUUGCUGACUUUGGUUGCGCUAGGUGGGUGGAUGAGGUUUUGGCCACCAAUACUACAAUUGCCGGUACUCCGGUGUACAUGGCACCUGAGGUGGCGCGUGGUGAACACCAGGGCUUCCCCGCUGACAUCUGGGCUCUUGGGUGUACUGUUCUUGAGAUGGCUACCGGAAGGGCUCCAUGGGCCAAUUUUUCGGACCCUGUUUUUGCGCUUUACCAAAUUGGGUUUUCAGGUAAUGUGCCAGAAAUUCCGAGCUUUAUGUCUAAGCAGGCUAAAGAUUUUCUGAGCAAGUGCUUGAAGAGAGAUCCGACGGAGAGGUGGUCAGCUGAUGAGCUACUUGAACAUGCUUUUAUUACAGAGGACGCCGGCUCUGUUUUGAAGGAUACUGAUACGGAUACUCCAACAAGUGCAUUAGACCAACGACUAUGGGAUUCAAGGGAGGAGGUAGAGGCAGCUUGGAUAUGGAAACCGACCCAUAAAAGUUGUUCCCUUUCUCCGAUGGAAAGAAUCCGACAAUUGGCCGAAGGCAGUGGGAAAGUGCCAAACUGGGCAUGGGAUGACACUUGGGUCACCGUAAGAAGCAAAGAUAGCGCCAGAAAAACGUUUGCUAGCUCCGAGGACUGUGGCUCGGCAUAUGCCAAAGAAGCCACAGGUAUAGUCUUGGAUAGUGGGGGAUAUAAUUUGAUUAAUAAAACUGCUAAUGACCCCAUAAGCAUUGGUGGGAUGAGCAUAUUUAACACUAGCAAUAGUGUGGACUGUAAAGAUAGUAGUAGCCAAAAAAUAUUAUCCAUGUCUUGCAUAUGUACAAAAGAUGAUUUAUGUGGCAGUUCCAAUUUUGAAAAGGGAAUGGCAGUCUCUGUUUCUACAUUGCAAUUCUUGCUUCUUCUUCUUCUUCUCCUUCUUCUUCUUUUUCCCCUGGGUUCUCAUGGUACAAUCCAUUGGGGUUGUGCCAGGGUUUGGGUCGCAGGAAUAGGCAGGCUUGGUGAAUCAGCAUUCCCAAGUGGCGGGGAGCUGAACUAACUCUCGACAAAAACA